UCUGCAGCAAGUCGUUUGCUAGUUACAACAGCUGGAAGGAGCAUCGGGCGUGUGUCCACACUGAAGAAAGGCAGUUUGCCUGCACCCUUUGCAAUGCUACCUUUAAAAGAAAGAGAGAUGUGAGGACGCAUUAUAUGCGGAAGCAUGAAGGCAGAGUCAAACGCCCUCUCUGCUCUGUCUGCGGGAAGAUCCUCAGCUCCCGAACAGCACUAGUGUUUCACAUGCGGACGCAUACAGGAGAAAAACCUUACGAAUGUGGCAUUUGUCAUUCAAAAUUUGCUCAGCCGUCACAACUUAAGAUCCAUACCAGGUCACAUACAGGGGAAAAGCCAUAUAUUUGUGAGGACUGCGGGGCUUGCUUUGCUGAUAAAAGCAAACUCACUGGCCACAAAAGGACCCACACAGGAGAGCGCCUUUUUAAAUGCGAUGUGUGUGGAAAACAUUUUGCCACCAACGAGUACUUAAAAUGCCAUAAACGGUGCCACAUGGGUGCUAAGCCCUACAAGUGUGACGUUUGUGGGAAGACAUUUGGCCUGAGAGCCUCGCUAGCCCAGCACAGCAAUGUCCAUGCAGAGACCCGUCCAUAUUUCUGCGAGCAGUGCGGAAAAACGUUCACCCAGCAGGGCGCUCUCCGGCGCCACCAGCGCAUUCACACCGGAGAAAAGCCCUACAAGUGCAGGGCUUGCGAGAGAACCUUCACGGACAUGUCCACCUUGCGCAGACACGUGUCGAUUCAUGACCGGAAUGCUCACUGGAGAAGCUUCUUAAUAGACCUUACAACCAAAAAAGACCAUAACUGGUCUAAAAUAGAAACAUUCUCAGAAACGUGUAUGGAGAGAAGAAAGAUGGAAAGUAAUGCAGUUUUGCUGGAAUCAAAGUCCUCUCCUAUCAACCUUCUGAAUGAAAUGCAUCAGCUGCGUCUCCUGGGCCACCUCUGCGACGUGACUGUCAGCGUGGAGUACCAAGGUGUCAGGGCAGAGUUUGUUGCUCACAAGGCUGUAUUGGCAGCAACAAGCAAAUUUUUCAAGGAGGUGUUCCUUAAUGAGAAGGGCAUGGACGGGCCACGGACCAACGUGUUCUUGAAUGAGGUCCAGGUUGCCGAUUUUGCUUCAUUUCUUGAGUUUGUCUACACUGCUAAGGUAGAAGUGGAAGAAGACAGAGUGCAGCGUAUGCUAGAAAUAGCUGAAAAGCUGAAGUGCUUGGACCUCUCGGAAACCUGCUUUCAAUUAAAGAAGCAGAUGCUUGAAUCAGUGCUGUUGGAGUUGCAAAACUUCUCUGAAUCACAGAACUCUGAGGAAGAGAGCGCUACCCAGCCAGGCAUUUUGCUUGAGUCCAAAGCAGCUGCUGUGGCAGAAGCUGACCAGGUAGAUUGUCCUCUGGAUCCUCCCGAUUCCCCAGCAGACAGGCCCAGUGAUGGAGUGUCCCCUGAGAUGCCGGCUACCAAAUCAAAAGAGAAAAUGGACAAAAAAAAGGAAGUGAUGAAGCCUCCUUAUGCCAAAAUCAGAAGGGCGAGUGGGAGACUGGCUGGGAGGAAAGUAUUUGUGGAAAUCCCAAAGAAGAAAUACACAAGGCGGCUGAGAGAGCAGCAGAAGAAUGCAGAGGUUGCUAUUGAAGGUGGCAAAUAUCCUCAAGACCAGGAUAUGUGUGAUACGGAGAGGGAGGAGGAGCAAGCGGAGAACAACAUCAAACCUGAAAGUGAAGAAUGCGAUGGCAACUGUGAAUCAGAAGAAAACCUGAAAAAAUCCGAAGAGGACAGAAAGAAACGAGGCAGCAACUUCAAGUGCAGCACAUGCGAGAAGGAAUUCCUGUAUGAGAAAAGUUUUUUCAAGCACGUAAAGCACAGCCACGGCAUCGCAGCUGAAAUAAUUUAUCGUUGUGAAACCUGCAGUCAGACCUUUGCCAACCGGUGCAACCUAAAAAGCCAUCAGCGCCAUGUCCACAGCAGCGAGCGCCACUUCCCUUGUGAGCUCUGCGGUAAGAAGUUCAAGAGGAAGAAGGACGUCAAGAGGCAUAUUCUCCAGGUUCAUGAGGGUGGUGGGGAGCGUCAUCAGUGCCAACAGUGUGGAAAGGGGUUGAGCUCCAAAACUGCCUUGAGGCUCCAUGAAAGGACGCAUACAGGCGACAAGCCUUAUGGGUGCACAGAGUGUGAGGCUAAAUUUUCUCAGCCUUCUGCACUUAAAACACACAUGAGAAUCCAUACUGGUGAAAAACCUUUUGUCUGUGAUGAGUGUGGUGCCAGGUUCACUCAGAAUCACAUGCUUAUAUAUCACAAACGAUGUCACACAGGGGAAAGGCCUUUUAUGUGUGAAACAUGCGGGAAGAGCUUUGCCUCUAAGGAGUACUUGAAACACCAUAACAGAAUCCAUACCGGAUCCAAACCAUUCAAGUGUGAAGUUUGCUUCAGAACGUUUGCGCAGAGGAACUCACUUUACCAGCAUAUAAAAGUUCACACAGGCGAACGCCCCUACUGCUGUGACCAGUGUGGUAAGCAGUUCACGCAGCUGAAUGCGCUGCAGCGUCACCAUCGAAUACACACCGGCGAGAAGCCAUUCAUGUGCAACGCCUGUGGGCGAACUUUCACUGACAAGUCCACCCUCCGACGGCACACUUCGAUACACGAUAAAAACACACCCUGGAAGUCCUUCCUUGUCAUUGUUGAAGGAGCAUCUAAGAAUGAUGAAGGUCACAAAACAGAGCUUCCCGAUGAAGAAUAUGAUGUGUCACCGAAAAUACCAGAGAAGCUGCUGUCUUUCUCUGAAAAUGGCCACUAUCAAAACUUGACUGCUGUCCCAGGGAGUGUGGCUGCGCUGCAUGACAACGGUUCUGCCACGGGAACAGACUGUAAGUCGGACGGGACUCCGGGCCCCCAGGAAGCCCUUAUAGCUACCACUUUAAGUGAGCUGACAGUGCUCCACACGCAGACAGACUCUAUUCAGCCACCGCUUCAUGCUCUGGUGAAUAUGGAAUAAUCUGGUAUUUACAAAUCCAGUUUAAGCUGCACCCUUUGUAUAGUCCUUUGACUUUGCCAAUAACCAGCUGAGGGAACUAGGGAAAGCUAUUACAAGGAAGCAGGGCUAGACGUGAAAGACAUGCGCUGGAUUUCCAG